AUGGGCAGUAGUAAGUCGAUUGACAACGAUCAGACCAUUUGUGAACGUGUUCAAUUUCCUGUUGGUCCAACGUUCAUAACAGAGCAACCGUCUCAGAUUCUUUAUUACAUUAACCAUGGUACAUUGUUAACCUGUCAAGCGAUUGCCGAACCGCCACCAUCGAUAAUAUGGCUUUAUAAAAAUGGUACUAAUGAUGAGUGGUUGUCAGUUGAAAAUUCUUCGUCAUACAUUACUUUAUUCAAAAACGGAAGUUUAUUUAUAAAACCAUUUAAAAAUUAUGUUCGGACAAUACAUAGUGGAUGUUUUAAAUGUGUGGCUGAAAAUGUAGCGGGAAGUAUUCAUACAAAUAGAAUUAAUCUAAAACCACAAAUUUAUGAUGUAUACGAAAUAGAGGUGAAAAAUGCUUAUGGUUAUGAGCAUUCUUCUGUCAUAUUAUCGUGUGAAGUUUCCAGUUUUGCCACACCAUAUAUUCAAAUAAUUGGUUGGUUAUCAAAAGAAAAUGAACAAAUAGUUGAACUCUCACCAAAACCAUUUAUAAGAUAUAACAUGUUACCUAAUAACAAUCUAAUUAUUCAUAAUAUUUCAAAAGUGGACAAUUUAAGUUACGCAUGUUUAGUACGUAAUCGGAUAACAAACGAGUCUCGCAGAAGUGAAUUCAAAAUGCUUAAAAUUCGAGAUUUUAGUCCGUUUGGUCCAGAAUUAAUUAUUUCAAAUGGAACAGAGUAUAUGGUGAAUGAGGGUGAUACUGUAGAAAUACCAUGUGCUAUCUCUUUAAUGUCAUCACGAUCGAAAUUAACAUGGUAUAAGAAUGGAAAUAUGAUUAAUAUGUCGUCACAAUCUCAACAAUAUCGAUCAUUUGAAAAUUCCAUAAUAUUUCAGACAUCCGCAGAUGAUAACGGAAACUAUUUAUGUCGAAAUGAAGAUGAUUUAGGCAAUAUUAUUAUAUUCUCAUCUAUCUUAAAAGUACAAUCUAAAAUUCGUUGUGAAAUGAUUGUUAAAGAGGAAUAUAUUACGGCGGAUUCGGCACCUUUUAUCAUUCACAGCCAUCAACACCAAGACAAACGUAUUGUGAAACUAAACUCACAGAUUGACAUAAAUUGUACGCUUUAUGGUGAUCCAAUACCGGAUAUUGAAUGGAUAAUAGAUGGUGAAACAAUCAUCAGUAAGAAUGGUUCCACCAAACAACAACAGCAGCACAUAUUGCCUAGUGGCGAUGUUAAAAGUACUCUUAGUAUAAAUGUAAAUGACAAAACAGAUACUGGACUAUAUGAAUGUAAAGGAAGAAAUCAAUACGGUUCAACAUUGUUAAGAGUAUCAGUGAAUCUAGACGGGCCGCCGUACAUAAGACCACUAAAAAAUGUUACUAUUAAGUAUAAUGAAUACAUUAGCAUACCAUGUUACGCUUCCGGACAUCCAUCACCACAUUUGACAUGGAUUCAAGGAUUUGUGCAAUCUGCUGACAAAUUUGAUAAUGUGACAUCGUCUACUAGUCCGGCGCUAUUGACAAAAUCGAAUUUGACAAAAUCAGAUUUUUAUUCGUGUGUUGCUGAUAGUGCCGCAGGUCGUACUAUAGAGAAUGUAUUUGUAUCCGUUAUUAUACCAGCAAAAAUUGUUUCCAAACCAUUGAAUAUCACUACAAUAAAAAAUCGUACUAUUUAUCUAACAUGUACGGCUCAAGGAGAUUAUCCUUUAACAUUAACUAUGACAAGACAACGUAGUACUCCUCAACAAACACACCAUUUUGAUAUAAAACGUACAAAAUCUUAUGAAACAAAAAGUAAUACAACAAAGAAUAUAACAGUUGAAAUUAAACGAGUAAAUAUUGAUGAUAGCGGCAUUUAUACCUGUAUAGCUCAAAAUUUGUAUUCAAAUGAUCAUACCGUAUUCUACGUUAAUGUACAAGAUGUUCCGCGACAAGUAUCUAAUGUUCAAAUGGCUUUUUUAUCAGAAGAUCAUAAUAAAAUAUCAUGGAAUACACCGUUUAAUGGGCAUAGCCAAAUAAACGCCUAUGUUAUUAAUAUUCAACAACAAACCGUUAUAGGGACCACAAUUUAUGAGAAUAAAAUCAGUGUCAGUAGUGAUACAACUACCUAUGAUCUUUAUAAUUUAACAUCAAAAUGUUCAUAUUCUAUUACUAUUUAUGCGGUUAAUAGUAUUGGUAAUGGAAUUCCUAGUGACAUAUUACAUUUUGCUACUAAAGCUAAAAAAAUAAAUAGUCCCCCUAUAAACAUUAUUAUUACAAAUAUAAGUUCUAGUUCGUUGACUAUCAACUGGCAAAAUCCAACUAUUAUUUUCUGUUAUGAUCCACAUUUUGAAUAUUUGAUAAAGAUUUGGAAACAAGAUAAUGAUUCGUAUCAUCAAAUAAUUCAUGUUAAAAAUUAUACAUUUCUUCAUAAUCGUCCAACAAACGUUUAUUCAACAUUUAUCAAACAUUUAAACAGCUAUACAACAUAUCUGAUAACAAUACAAGCAAUUAAUGAAUUUGGUAUUGGUCCAAUACCACACGCAAUUAUUAAAAAAUUAUCGGCAAAAACGAUUAAUACAACAACGAUACUCAUUACAUGGUCAGCAAUAUCUAAUGAAUCAAUAAAUGGGCAAUUUCGUACAUUUUCUAUAACAUAUUAUUAUGCUUUUGAUUUGUCCACAAUGAAGACGAUUGAAACAAUCGAAAAUAGUAUAAUUGUAACAAAUUUGUACGAAAAAACAACUUAUAUCGUGUUUGUUAGUGUCUGUAAUUCUUUUGACUGUGGUACACCGUCAAAAUCUAUCAUUGUUAGUACAAGAAAUUCAAAUUCAGUAGAUAAUAACAAUAUAUCUAUCGUUCAUCCUAAAACUAAACCAUUACAACUUGAUUGUAUAUCAGAAAAUACUUUACAAAAAUAUUGGUUAUUUAGGAAUAAACCAAUUAAUGAAACAGCUGAUUUUAUAAAAAUUUUACCGAAUAAUUCAUUAUUAAUAAUGCAACCACAACCGUUUAAAAACGAUGGAGAAUAUCAGUGUCAAUCACACAAAUAUGAUGUUAUGAUUUAUGACAAGCCAUCAACAGCAAAAAUUAAACUCCAUUACAUUACGACAAAUACGAUCGGACUAAAGUUCAACUACUUGAACACGACUAUACCCAUACAAGGAAUUAUUGUUUCAUUCAUGUUCCAUAAUUCUGUUGAAAAAGUUUACGUAUUUCCACCGUCAACCGGUGUUCGACUGGAGAAUUUGAAAUGUGGAAGUCAAUAUGAAAUUUUUACUUAUACAGAAAAUGAUGUAGGAACCAGUAUGAUAUUGGCAAAUGAAACACUUUUAGUAAAAACCGAUGGUUUCGUACCGAGCACAGAAAAUGAAUUGCAGUUCAUCAAAGCAAUAUAUGAUACUUAUUUAGAAUUAAAUUUAACAUUUUGGAUAGCAAAUGGAUGUUCAAUAGAAAAAUAUGGUGUUAAGCUGCAAUCAAUAUUAAAUGCUGCUGGUGAUCGAUAUGAUAAAUAUUUUUCCUACUUUAACGAUACAAAAAGUGUUAAUAUAAAUGAUUUAACUCCUGAUACACAUUAUGAAUUGACUUUGAUAGCAGAGAACGAAGCCGGAAAUAGUAAUGUAACUAUUCGAUUACGUACAUAUCCACUUGGCUAUUUUACAAAAGAUAAAUUACCAAAAUUAGAAAUGUUAUUAGGUCAAAAGAGAUUAAAACCAGUAGCAAAACGAACACAUUCCUUGUGGAUGGAAACAGAUAAUGAAUUUACAAUUAAAACUUUUACGAAUGAUCAUCAAAUUAAAGAAACGGCAGAAUAUUCAAAUAGACCCUACAGUUUUGUUUCAGAAGAUUCACAGGGAAAUAUUAAUCCGUACGCAGUUAUUGAUUUACCAAAUAAGAAAUGCAUUGUAUUUGACAAUAAUCCAGGAGGCCAUCUACCAACUCCACCACCAUCCGAGCGAUUUUUUCGUCCUAUCGUGCUCAAAUCAUCGAUAAGUUCAGAUGAUAUUUCAAUCUCGUCUACUAAUCAGUCUGUCAUUCAACGGCAACACCAAUUGCCAUCACUAUUACAACAGCAAGAAAGAAAUCAAACCUAUUUUCAAUCUUAUCAACCGUCCAGUGUCUUAUCGACGAUUUCAGCUAGUCAAGCAGAAUUGUGUUCAGCAUUUUAUUUACCUAAUACUAGUCAAAACUCAUUUAUACGACGUCAAAAUGAUAGAUGCCAUUGUAAUAAUACCAAAAUGGAAGAUCAUUUACUUUUUGGAGGUGCUGUUCAGCAAUGUUCGUCAGCUGAUUCCGGUGUACAUUCGUCUACCCAGAGUCCAAUAUCAAAACAGCAGGAUGAAGGUUUACUUCACAAAUGUUACAGAUCUGAAAGAUUGACACCCCGAAGAUGUCCUACAAAUGAACAGCCUUUUCGACAUUCUACACAAAAUCAUCAUCGUCCAUAUUCGACAACCGGUUUUGAUGAAAGCAAAAUUUAUGCUGCUUAUGAUGAACAAUUUUCGUUAUUAAGACGAGCAAAUAUUCAACUAAACGAUCAUGUGGGCCUAUUCGAUCAUCAUCAUCAAUAUUCAUUAGUCUAA